AUGGGCCUCAUGGACACGAGCUCCAGUCGCAAUCCCACGACCCACGACGUCGUCGUGACUGCUUCCUUCCAUCCCAAGACGCACGAGACCUCGAAUCGAGCGUGGAUCUGGCCCACCAAGCAGCAGCACAAGGUCCAGGUCCAAGCAUCCCCAAGCUCAGCUGAUCGUCAACUUGCAUCUUUCAAACGCCGCAACGGACCUCCCAAUGCUCUCCGCAAGAGCUCCAGUGACCGUCCAUUGACCUCGCCCGAGCGACGGCAAGAAGUCCUGGCUACUACCGGUGGCAGUACUAACGUCCUCAACGAGGUAUCUACCUGCAAGAAGAAGAAGAAGACAAACCGGACUUAUGAAGACGAAGUCCAGCGCCGCGAGCGCAUUACAGCGCGGGCUGAGGAGAUUCUCCUUGAAAAACGCUGUGUGGGAAUGCUCGUUGGAGCCACGUGCCCUGUCUGCCUGACAGACGACGUGGACACGCAGUUGUCCGAGUGUGGCCACGUGAUCCAUGCCAAGUGUAUCAAGCGCUGGAUCCAGUCGGGCACGUACUGUCCCGUGUGUCGAGAAGAGGUUGUGGACAUUGAAGAGGCGUUCACGUCUCCAAGUGUCGCUUCAAUGACGAUGACAAAAGACCGGCUCAUGUCAUCGUCCGAAGCUACGUACUUACCGGAAGAUGAAGAUGACGACGAAGACGAUGCUGAUUACGAGUGGGGCUGGUUCAAAGACUUUGACGAGGGCGACGACGAGCCCAAUGCUGCCAGCGCGUCGAUGCUAACUAAUGGUAGCUUUGCUGCACGACGGUCAUUGCUGACGACGUUCCCAGGUGGUGCAACGAGUCGACAGUCGUUAACGACCACGACAACGCCAAUGCUGAAUCGCAAGAUGUCGAGCACGUUUGACAUGUGCCGGACAUUUCCACCGCUCCAUGAGGUCUAUGACUUGCCGUACCAUAAGAGCAAGUACCCGUGGAUGCGCGUAUUGCCGUCCGAUCGUCACAUUGCGGUCAAGAUUCAGAUCCGGAGUUUUCGCAUCGUGGAAGCCAAGACUUCCAAGGCACAGCACGCCGAGUACCUCAUUGAGAUGCAACUGGAUGGCCGCUACAUCAGUCGCUGGUGUCGGUACUCGGCCAUUUACCGCUUCGUAUGGUCGCUCGACCAGAACCAGUUCCGGCAAUCGAUGGCAGCGUGGCAUCCUAUUGACGCCAAGAGCCGGUGGUUCAACCGCCUUGAACUGAGCUAUUUGCACAAACGGUGCCGAAUGCUCGAGGCUUUUGCACACAAGUUGCUGAUCGAGAGCCCGAACGCACAUCCACUCGCUGGUCUAAUCGAGUGCUAA